AUGAAACGUGCUCAAAAAGAAAGAAGAACACAAAAAAACAAACCUAGCUCAAACUCAACUUCAGAAUUUAGCAAAGAUAAUCCUUAUAUCUCUAACUCUGCAGAAAAUACUGAAAAGUCUAAUGACUCAGCAACACCAGAAAGCACCUCUACUCCCCUAGCUAACUUGAACCAAUCUUCCUCAAG